AUGACUACAAACGAUCUACAAGCAUCAAUAUCCCUGAAACGUCAUCAUGUCGCCAACAAACUAAUUCUCGAAGCGGCGCAGUUCGGGACUGAAUUGGACUACGAUCGAUAUAUGGAUCAGUUCGAGCUGAUGACUUCACUAGCCGAAUCUCUUCUCAAAUCGAGAGCACACGCUCUUCUGGUCGGCUCAUUCAAACGAGAAGGUGGUUGGGAUAGUAACUUGGCGAGUAGUAUUGGCAGAUGGACUAUAGAUAAGGAAGAGAAGGAUUUAGAGAAUAUUUCGAAAGCCGAGGAAGUGGUGGAGUCAUCUCGGAUCGCAGUAACGGAAAUAACGUCCCUUGGACGAUGA